CAGGAGGAGCUGACACCGACAGAAAACACCGAUUCAGAGAAACACCGCUGUUGCACUUAUCCACACAAUGCAGCUUUGAAUUACGGCCGGAGAAGCGAACAUAUGCUCUAUUUCCAUGCAAGGCGUGUGGUUUUUAUUUCUUCCUCAUGCGUGAAUAGAAAAGGUGACACACGGACACCGCGACAGAAAACCCUUCCGAAAAACAGCGAAAGGAAUCGCAAAAAGAGGGAAGGAGCCAGGCCGAGCCAGUUCUUGGUGAAAGUGACUCUGCGCUGGCAGCCUCCGUCGUGUUAAUGUAAUGGAAACACACUUUUGGUCGGCGGCGUCUGAAAUGCAUCAGUGGAAAUGUAUGGAGGGCCUGCGGGGCUGAUCGCAUCAUAGGUGGCCCGACUUUGCCGGCGGGUCGACCCCCAGAGCCAGGUGAGCUACCAUGCCCAGCGCCAGGCCGGCGCAACGCACGCGUCACAACAGUGAGUGCUCCGUUCAAUCAGUGGGAAACCUGAGAAGGAAGUUUGUGGAAAACCCCUUAUUCCAGCGCCAUUUUUGAUCUCCUUUUGUUUUUCUUUUUUAAAAAUUUGACCUACAUAUUCUUGGAGCUUCCCAUCGCUCGGCUGCUUUUUCCUGCCAUCUGCAGCAGAAAGGCUCUUUUUCUACUGGAGUCGCAUCCUUUUCCUGGCUUCUUUUUACCACCGGCACCAAGGACACCCAACUGCAACCCAGCUGACAAAAUGGAGGUUAAAAUUUACCACCAGCUUUUGUUGGAGCUGAAGAUGUGUGGGGCAGAAUGAAGGGACUCCUUUGAGGAGGAGGAGGAGGUGGUGGAGGAGGAGGAGCACGAGUUCAAAAUGGCCCAAACCAGUUUGCUGCAGGGGAAGCGCUUUUACUGCCGGGAGUGGGUCUUCCACAAGAUCCAGCACUGCCUCCAGGAGAAAACCAACAACCUGAGCGGAGGAGUGACCGGCAGCACCCCCAGCAAGCAGCCGGUCCCGCCGGGGCCCGGCGGGGCCGUCUCCGUCCCCGGGAGCCUCACGGCGGCGGGAUCCGCCAAGUCCGGCAGCUCCUGGGGAGUGCUGCUGGUGGGGGGGCCGGGCAGCGGGAAGACGGCGCUGUGCACGGAGCUGCUGUGGCCCACGUCGGCCCAGGGAACCCACCGCGGCCUGCACCAGCAGAGCCUGGCCUUCCACUUCUGCCGGGCCGACGACUCGGACACGCUGUGCGUCGGCGGCUUCAUCCGAGGCCUGGUGGCCCAGAUCUGCCGCAGCGGGCUGCUGCCGGGCUACGAGGAGAAGGUGCACGACCCGGCGGUGCAGAGCACGCUGCAGCCCGGGGAGUGCGAGAGGAAUCCCACGGAGGCGUUCAAGAGGUGUGUGCUCCUGCCUCUGCUGAGCGCCAAGCCGCCCCAGCAGUCUCUGUUCCUGCUGGUGGACUCCAUCGACGAGGGCUGCCAGCUGGGCGAGGGCGACCAGCGGUCGUCGCCCGGCUCCCCCCGGACCAUCGCCGAGCUCCUCGCCAGUCACCACGAGUUCCUCCCCCCGUGGCUGCUGCUCAUCUGCUCGGCGCGGCGGCAGAACAAGGCCAUCACCAAGCUCUUCACAGGAUUUCGCAAAAUCAGUCUUGAUGAUCUGCGCAAAGCCUACAUCGUCAAAGAUGUGCAGCAGUACAUCCUGCACCGGCUGGACCAAGAGGAAGCCCUGCGGCAGCACCUGACCAAGGAGACGGCCGAGAUGCUCAACCAGCUCCACAUCAAAAGCAGCGGAUGCUUCCUCUACCUGGAACGUGUGCUGGACGGCGUGGUGGAGAACUUUAUCAUGCUCCGUGAGAUCCGCGACAUCCCCGGCACCCUCAACGGCCUCUACCUGUGGCUCUGCCAGAGACUAUUUGUCAGGAAACAGUUCGCCAACGUCCAACCCAUCCUCAACGUAAUCUUGGCCACCUGCCGGCCUCUCACAGUGAAGGAACUGUACCACGCCGUCUGGACCAAAAACAUGACGCUGACCAUGGAGGAAUUUCAGAAAAAAAUGGACAUCCUCUCCAAGUUACUGGUCAAAGGCCUCGGGACUACCAAAAUCCUCUUUCAUUACAGUUUUGCCGAGUGGCUCCUGGAUGUGAAGCACUGCACCCAGAAGUACUUGUGCAACGCCGCAGAGGGCCACCGAAUGUUAGCGAUGAGUUACACAUGCCGCGCCAAGCAGCUGAAGCCACUGGAAGUGCAGGAGUUUGCACUGCACCUUGUCAACUCCAACCUGCAGAUCGAGCCGUUCAACUUGGCUCUGUGGAUGGUUUGGAACGGGACGCCCGCUAAAGACUCUCUGAGCACCUCCAUCCCCAGAGAGCAGGAAGUUCUGCAGCUCCUGGUCAAAGCCGGGGCUCACGUCAGCAACGAGGACGACCACGCUUCCUGUAUCGUACAGCAGGCCCUGGAGAGGGAGGACUCCAUACGCACGUUACUGGACAACGGAGCGUCGGUGAACCAGAGCGACUCCAGCGGCAGGACUCUGCUGGGCAACGCGGCGUACAGCGGGAACCUCGACGUUGUCAACCUGCUCGUAUCUCGAGGGGCGAACAUGGAGCUGGAGGACAACCACGGGCAGACGGCGCUCACCCUCGCCGCGAGGCAGGGCCACACCAAGGUGGUCAACUGCUUGAUCGGCUGCGAGGCCAACAUCAACCACACGGACCACGACGGCUGGACGGCUCUGCGCUCGGCGGCGUGGGGCGGCCACUCCGAGGUGGUGUCGGCUCUGCUUUACGCCGGCGCCAAGGUGGACUGCGCCGAUGCCGACGGCAGGACUGCGCUGAGGGCGGCCGCCUGGGGAGGCCACGAGGACAUCGUGCUGAACCUCUUGCAGCACGGGGCGGAGGUCAACAAGGCGGACAACGAGGGGAGGACGGCGCUCAUCGCUGCGGCGUACAUGGGCCACAGGGAGAUCGUGGAGCACCUCCUGGACCACGGCGCCGAGGUCAACCACGAAGACGUGGACGGGAGGACGGCGCUCUCAGUUGCGGCGCUCUGUGUCCCCGCCAGCAAAGGCCACGCGUCGGUGGUGAGUCUGCUCAUAGACCGGGGGGCGGAGGUCGACCACUGCGACAAGGACUGCAUGACCCCCCUCCUGGUGGCGGGCUACGAAGGACACGUGGAUGUGGUGGACCUACUCCUGGAAGGCGGCGCCGACGUGGAUCACACCGACAACAACGGGCGCACGCCUCUCCUGGCGGCGGCGUCCAUGGGCCACGCGUCGGUGGUCAACACGCUGCUGUUCUGGGGCGCGGCGGUGGACAGCAUUGACAGCGAGGGCAGGACCGUGCUGAGCAUCGCGUCGGCACAGGGCAACGUGGAGGUGGUCAGGACUCUGCUGGAUAGAGGUCUGGAUGAGAAUCACCGGGACGAUGCCGGCUGGACCCCGCUGCACAUGACGUCCUUCGAGGGCCACCGCCAGGUGUGUACCGCGCUCAUCGAACAGGGCGCCCGCUGCUCAGAGGUGGACAAUGACGGGAGAAUACCGCUGAUAUUAGCUGCACAGGAAGGACAUUAUGACUGUGUGCAGAUUCUUCUGGAGAACAAGUCGUGCAUCGACCAGAGGGGGUACGACGGGAGGAACGCUCUCAGGGUGGCUGCGCUGGAGGGUCACCGGGACAUUGUUGAGCUGCUGCUGAGCCAUGGCGGCGAUAUAGACCACAAAGAUGCGGACGGGCGCCCGACGCUCUACAUACUGGCACUUGAGAACCAGCUGGCUAUGGCAGAGUAUUUCCUGGAAAACGGCGCCAACGUGGAGGCGUGUGACACGGAGGGCCGGACCGCCCUGCACGUGUCCUGCUGGCAGGGGCACGUCGAGAUGGUGCGGCUGCUGAUCAACUACCACGCCGACGUCAACGCCUGCGACAACGAGAAGAGGUCGGCGCUCCAGUCUGCGGCGUGGCAGGGCCACACCAAGGCCGUGCAGUUCUUGAUAGAGAACGGCACUCAUGUGGAUCACACGUGCAACCAGGGAGCCACGGCGCUGGGCAUCGCCGCCCAGGAGGGGCACAUCGACGUGGUGCAGAUACUCCUGGAGAAUGGAGCCGACCCCAACCACGCCGAUCAGUUUGGACGCACGGCCAUGAGGGUGGCGGCGAAAGGCGGCCAUUCGAUGAUCAUCAAACUCCUGGAGAAGUACGGAGCCAACACGCUGAACGGCUGCAGCCCGUCCCCGGUGCACACCAUGGAGGAGAAGACCCCACUAGCCGUGACGGGGAAGAUGCAGUCCCUCACCAUCAAAUCCAGCAGUUCUGGCAGCACCGGAGCGGGAGACGUGCCGACGACUGGCAGGGGUCCUCUCAACGGGCCCGUGCACGCCUUCAGCUCCCCGUCGGAGUCCCCCGACUCCACCGCGGAGAGGCAGAAGUCCUCUCUGUCCAACAACUCCCUCAAGAGCUCCAAGAACUCCUCGUUGAGGACCACGUCCUCCACGGCGACGGCCCAGACUGUGCCCAUCGACAGUUUCCACGGCAUGACGUUCACGGAGCAGAUACAGCAGCACUCGCUGCCCCGCAGCCGCAGCAGGCAGUCCAUCGUGUCUCCCUCCUCCACGACCAAGUCCUCCGUCCAGCAGCCGUCGUCCCCAUCCAGCGACUUCGACUGGUCCCAGCUGAAACCGGCGCUGAAGUCCAAGGGGAUGAAGUCCGGCAGCGGCACGCCGAGCGUCAAGGGCACGCUGGGGGACAAGAAGAAGAGCAAGAACGGCGGCUCCACCCAGGGCCAGGUCCUGGAGUACGAGAUGACCCAGUUCGACAAGAGGAUCGCCCUCAACAAGUCGGUGGCCAACAUCGCCGUGAAGGACCCGCACUGUAAGAUCAUGAUCGGCGGCUCGCUGCAGCAGGACCGGGGCCAGUGCCAGGACCAGUACCAGGACCAGUACUUCAUCCAGCAGCAGGGCUGUCCCGAGAAGAAGAGGAACGGCAUCAUGACCAACCCCAAUUACCACCUGCAGGGCAAUCAGGUGUUCCUGGGAAGGGUGUCGGUUUCUCGGACUGUGCAGAACCGAGGCCACCAGGACGUCCUGGAGAACUACCCCAUCGGGGAGACGGAGCUCAGCCUUAAACAAGCCCUGAAACUGCAGAUCGAGGGAUCGGACCCGGGGUUUAACUACAAAAAGGAGACUCCAUUAUAGCUGAUGUCUAGGACGCCACUCGACAUGCCGGCGUUGGAGAGAAUGUGCCAAAGCAACUGUUCAUCUGCAUAGAAAUCCUAGAUAGUUUUGUUUUUCAUUCAUCAGUGGGAGACGAGGGACGAUUGUUGGCUGCUGCCUAACGCUUACGUGAACUGAUACUUUGAUGUGCCUACAUCUGUUACUGCCUUCUCCAUGUACUCGUGCAAAGUAUCAUUUUAAUUUAAUGUACUCCUAUUUAAUAAACAGUGUAUGCACUUUUAAUAGUAAAAGGACAGACAUGCAUUUGUUCUACUCACUUUGUAUCCCAUCCAAGUUUUAGCAACUGUUGAGAAACAAACCAAUGCUUUUUUUUUUUUUUUAAUCUAUUAUUUUAUGUUAUUUGUUUUAAUUUUUCACACUGACAGCAAUGCACCACUGGGUACGUUGCCACCGAAACCAGAGAACAGUGACUGAAGUCCUGAAUGCAUCAAAGCGGCAGUGAUUGUCUGCCUUUCCAGAGACCCAGAUGAUCUGUGUUAACUUUUCAGUGUGCUAAACCUCCGUUGUGUGUGACAUGUUAAUGGCUAUGGCAGUUUACUUCAAAUAUAUACAAGCGUAUUUAUUUUUCUUUGGAAAAAAAAGCCACUUUGGAUGCAUUUUUGUGUUGCAUUACAUUCUACCAUGGUGCUGUGUUCAGAAGAUGCCUGCAGUCACGUCAGACUACCAGUUUUCUUAUUUUAUUUUAUUUUUUUAAAUCAUUUUUUUUUUUUAUUUUGGCUCUGUGCAUUUGUGUAUUCGUAGAAAUAUCUACAAAAAGAGGGAGAUUCAGUGAUGAUGUAAAACAAACGAAAAAAAGAGGUCAUUUUUGUCCCUAUGGGAUUUUUCAGUUAUAUGUUUCUGUGUGCAUAAAGAAUAUUUAAAAAAAAAACAACAACCAUUGUGUACCGUCAGCAAAAAGUUUGAUUCUCAGUGCAGCAAUUUAAAAAAAGAAAUAAUAAUGAGCAUUUUCUUCUGGCUGGCAAAAACCCAGGCUUUGUUUCCUUGUUGUCAUACGGUUCGUUUUCAGGGGAAAAAGACAAAAAAAAGCGAGCAGCCGUUGGGACAACUCCUCGCUGUUAGUAUUUGAAAGGCUCCUCCGUCCCUCCUCCUCCUCCCGCGUCGGGCGGUCGGUUUGGACGGGGCGGAGGAGGAGCUCGGCUGUGACACCGAGGGAUCUCGAAACAUCUGUUUCUCAUGAACUGCGUGGAGCUGCGUUAGCGUUUACAGGCUGUGUCAUAUUUUUGCAGGCUUUUCAUAAUGUUAACAGUGAGCUAUUUUCUUUCGCCAAGACCUGGGGAUCGGUGGGAGUAGGAACCUAUCGCAUGCACAAACAUUUAAAAGCCCGAAUGAAAGCUCUUCAGUACUACAGUAGCUCAAACGUGUGCCAUGAAGGGUCAAUGGAAGGAUUGAGAAAAAAAAAAAAAAGGCAGGAUCGGUCUGGAAACUGUUGGGAAAACAUACUGUACAGUCUUACUAAGCAGUUCUCCUGUUCGGUGUUUAGUCUGUCAUCUUUGAUUUGACUGUCGGUUGAUCGGAUUGUAAAUAGCUUUACCGUGUACAUUCAACUUUCAUUUAAAAAGAAUUUCUGUAUCAUAUGAAGUGGAAUUUUCUGAUGUAUAUUAAAGUGCUCAAUAAACAUGUUUGCUUUACUG